AUUGGGUCUAAAAUGAAGUUAUGGGAUGUGUUGGCCCUGUGUGUGUCGCUGAGUGCCGUCUCCACAAGUCCCCUGUUCCCUCGCCUAGCAGCAGCACCAGCAAAGCGACAUCACUUCCUGGAGCAAGUCCUUGACAGUCCGCUGCUUCAUGUGGAGGAGAGUGCUGUGGGUGAGGAAGAUAGGCUGGAAAACCAGUGGCAAAACCAAGAAGACCUGCCGGAAUUGUCCAUCAAGGAGCUGUACACAACCAGCCCCUCAUACCCUGGGCAGCAGGAGGACGUUAUGAGUUUAAUCCAAACCACCAUCAGCAGAAUGCGCAGGGCUUUGCAGCAGGAUGUCAGCUCCCGGGCAAGGACAGAGCGUGGCAGACAGAGGGAUGCUGCCAGCAGGGACAGGAAGGGCAGAGGCCGAGGGGAGAAGAGGAGGGGGAGGAGUCGAGGGGUAAAACCAAGGAGAAAUCAGAGCCAUGGCUGUGUCUUGAAGCAAGUGCACCUAAACGUGACAGAUUUGGGACUGGGCUACUGGACCAAGGAGGAGCUGAUUUUCAGGUAUUGCAGCGGUCCCUGCAUUGAUUCAGAGACUAACUAUGACAAGAUCCUAAAUAACCUGACCCACAACAAGAAGCUGGACCAGGACAAGCCAGCUCGGACCUGUUGCCGCCCCAUCGCUUUUGACGAUGACCUCUCCUUUUUGGAUGAUAACCUUGUGUACCACACUCUGAAAAAGCAUUCUGCCAGGAAGUGUGGUUGUGUGUGAGGUCCUUUUCAGAAGCAAAAG